AAACUAUCACUGUUGCACUUUCGGGUUGCCGCAGCCCUCCGGCACGACCCGGAAGUGGGUGUUGGGUGGGCAGGAGUUCCUGCGGAAUCCGGGCUUCGGAGCCGUCGGCUGGGACCAGAGCUGACGAUUGCUCGUGAGGCCUCCUUCGCUACCUUCGGUGUUGUUUUCGCCGCUGCGUCCGUGGCGUGUCGACUCAGGCUCGGCCCGGCCGGGCCUGGCGCCCGGAGGGGCCGAAGCUGAAGCCUGAAGGCCCGAGUCUCCGGCCUCCGGGAUUGAAAGAACCUGUGCUUUCCCCGGCGUACCUUACACCCCCGCAGAAGCUGGAUGGUUAAAAGCAGCUCCCGUUGGAGCCAGAGGCUGCUAUAGCCACAGCCACAGCCGAAGCAGGAGCUGCCAGUGGCAGAGCUGACCUACGGGAGGAAGCUGAACAAGGACUUCAGGCCAGUGGGCACUGAACUAAUUGAAUGAACGGGCAUCAUUGUAAGAGUCAGCCUUGUGAGAUGGUACAGCCCAACGGGGGUCCAUCAGGAGAUUACGAGACCCUUGGUGAAGGGUCUUCCCUGGGGAAAUCAACCAUGCUGCAUCUCCCUUCCAACCAAGUCUCUCCGGAGGCCCUCCAGCGCUUCUUGGAGGAGAACCAAGAGCUCAGAGAUGCGUUACGACAGAGCAACCACAUGCUCCGGCAGCGUUAUCAAGAGUUCCUGAACUUCCAAGCCAACCAGAAGGAGGAGAAGGAGUUUCUCAUGAGAAAGUUUCAGGAGGCAAGGAAACUAGUGGAGAAGCUAAACAUGGAGAAGCUGGAGCUGAAGAGACAGAAGGAGAAGGCGCUGCAGGAAAGUGAGCAGAUCCCAGGUGAGACGGAAAGAGAGGCUUUGAGGACCCUGAAGGAGCAGCUAGAAGAACGUUUGCGACAUUUUCAAGAGACCAGUGAAAGCUUACAGAAGGAAAAACAAGCCCUUCUUCUGGAGAACCAGGAGCUGAAGAAGAAAGCAGCUCAGGGGCAAGCUGGGGAGACCCAGCCGAGGAUGAAGGACAUUGGGAUCCAACCACAAAGACUGCUGGAGACAGAAUCUCUGCAAGGGACAAGUGGCAGUGGUAGGAGUGGAGAUUCGAACGAUUUGCUGAAGAAGAAGAUGCAGGAUGUUGAGAAUGAGAACACGGUGCUGAAGCAGGAGCUGGUGUCCCUGCAGGGCAAGGUGGCCCAGUUGGCAGUGAGGGAAAAAGAUGUGGAGAGGAGGGCCGAGCAGCAGUUACAGGCUCUGAAGAGGCAGGUGGAGCAACUGACGGAAGACAAAGGAUCUGUGAAAGCCCAGGUGACCUCACUGCUCGGGGAGCUGCAGGAGAGCCAGAGUCGCCUGGAGGUUUCAAACAAGGACAAACAAGUCCUAGAGGACAGAGCCCGGGCAGCCAGUGAGAAGGUCAAGCAGCUAGAGAGCGAGAAUGAACAGCUACACAAGCAACACAGCGUACAGGUGGACCAGCUGCGCAUGCAGACCCAGAACGUGGAGGCUGCCUUGCGGAUGGAGCGGCAGGCUGCGUCUGAGGAGAAGCGGAAGCUGGCUCAGUUACAAGUAGCCUACCACCAGCUUUUUCAGGAGUAUGACAACCACAUCAAGAACAGCCAAGCAAGCAGUGAGCGCAGUAGGGGAAUGGAUCUUCAGUUGGAAGACCUUAACCAGCAAUUGCAACAGGCGGAAGAGGCCCUGGUAGCCAAACAAGAACUGAUCGACAAACUUAAGGAGGAGGCUGAACAACACAAGACGGUGAUGGAGACGAUCCCGGUCCUGAAGGCACAGGCUGAUAUCUACAAGGCUGACUUCCAGGCAGAGAGGCAAGCCCGGGAGAAAUUGGCAGAGCGGAAGGAACUUCUGCAGGAUCAGCUGGAGCAGCUCCAGAGGGAGUACAACAAACUGAGGGCUGACUCAAAAGAAACCACCCGUAUUGAAGAUAUGAGAAAACGGCAUGUAGAGAACCCCCAGCCAGCUUUGCCCCAGCCAGUUCAUCUUGUCAAUCAUCACCUCUCCUUUCAUCCCAUCCUACCCGGCCAGAGGAGAAGUCUUCCAGAUGAACAGCCAGACUUUUGUUGUCCAAAAUGUCAGUACCAGGCCCCAGAUAUCGACACUCUGCAGAUACAUGUCAUGGAAUGUAUUGAGUGAUGCCUUUUCCACACAGGGAUGUGGCCUAGCAUAACCAAACCCACCCUACCAUACCCCAUGCUUGCUUUUACUUGCCCAGCCUUUGAUGAUAAAACAUUAGCAAUCUCCAUUUGAUUGUGAGUUUAGAAGAGAUGGUGAAAUGGCCCUCCUUCUUUUAGUUUGCUCUUUGCCUGACCUGGGUUGGCUGGCUUGCUGUACCUCAUGUUACCUCAGCCAUUUCUGGAGCAGGAGCAUCAUAGGAUUGAAGAUCUAGAACUGGAAGCCAUCCAGUCUACCCCUCCCCCCAUGGCCUCAAGUUACAUCACCAUCAGAGAUAGCAUUUAAAUCCAGGUCCGUGGACUGCAGUCCACACAGCCUCCCAGUUUUGCCACCUUUCUGUUGGAACAGAGAGGCAGCUGGAGCAGGGCAGGGGAUGCUACUGCCUGCCCCUCCUUGGUUAUUCUUGUUGUAGGCAGGGAGGGACCCUUGUCCCUGGCUCUUGGGGAGAGAAGUCCAAGUGUUAAGGUGCAGCUGGGGCCAGUCUAUACUAGGUGCCUUUGCUCUAGUGCUUUUAAGGUCUGAGCCAGGCUUUACAUGCUAUCUCUCAUUUGAGCCCUUCAAUACUCUUGUAGCUUAGUAGGUAUUGUUUUCACAUUUUACACGUGGGAAAACUGAAACUCAGAAGUGAAGAGACUUGAGGACCUCACAUGGAGACCCAGGUUCUCCUGACUCCAGCAUUCUAGUACAUACCCCCUCCUCUGUGGAGAUCAGUCGGUUAUGCUUUAGUCCACGCUUGGGAAACAUACACAGUCAAUACCAAAGAUUUAGAUCUGGGGUUCACUAUCAUACUGAACUAGCAUUCUAGCACUUUUGUGGACAUUGGCCCAGAUGAGCUCACUGGGUUGGUUUUCUUCUUUCUUGCUGCGUUCAGACUUUUGUAAUGUGCCUCUUGUCCUGAUUGUGAUGCGUUUUGGUAUGGGGUGUACCAUACCAGUGACUACUGUAUAGUUACUGAACAGAAAGACCUGCCACUUUUUUCUCCAACUUAGAAAUUGGGUUCAGUUACAUAGUGAUCACCUUCACCUGUUGCUAGACUUGACUUAUCAUUUUCCCUGCCAAAUACCCAUUGGCCAAGUUUGUCAAAGCAGUCUUCUUCACUGAGCACUUUAGUACAAAUGUGGCACCAAGUCUAAGCACGAUACUGAGAUAUUGUCAGAUGACUGUUUGGGGAAACUAAACUAGCCUUCCAGAAAUUCAGGAGGCCUCUUCUGGCUUUAAAAGCCCCAGUUGUCAAAGUGAGAGCUUUCAUAUAAGAUGGCUAAUUAUUUUAUCUCAAUGUAAUCUCCAGUAACUAUAACUGAGAGACAACAUAGGACAAAGUGCCAGAUCUGGAGUCAGCUGGGUUCUUGUCCUGCUUCCAGCACUCAUUCAUGAUCCUUUUGGUAGCUCUCUUAAGACUUGACCAUAGAUGGGCUGACAUCUCUGUUGGUGAAGUUUCCACACUGGGUGUUCUUAUGCCAACAAACUGGCUGGUUCUACUAACCUGGCUCAACUCCUGACUGCAGACCACUUUUCUACCUCCCCAGUGGCCUUCUCACACUAGAGAUGCCUUUGCUGCUUUGUAGGUUCUUCCCCCCUCCUCCCCCCACCGUGACUUAUUGGUUUAAUGCAACACCUGGAACACAGAGAGGGAGGAGCUGCAAUGCAAUUGAAUUUCUUUUCUUCCCCCAAAGCAGCUACUACUGUGGAUAACUGAAAAAACUUCUGUAUUUGUGAAGAUCCAUUAAAUGAAUUUAACAAUGGUGGUUAA